UUACCAGUUGCAUAACACAAACACCUAAUCAAUCAUGGAUAACGAACUCUCAGAUCCCAGCGACUGGCUAAACACAUCGCUACCACCCUUCUCGGCACUCGAAAACUCACUACGAUGUCAAGUGUGCAAGGACUUUUACACGACGCCAAUGGUCACGACAUGCUCGCACACCUUCUGCAGUAUAUGUAUCCGUCGCUGUCUUUCUGUUGACGGCAAAUGUCCAGCUUGUCGAGCAAACGAUCAAGCUAGCAAAUUGCGCCGUAAUUGGGCUUUGGAGGAAGUCGUGGGCGCAUUCAAGACGGCGAGGCCUGUUGCCUUGGAAAUCGCGACAAAGGACAAGAAAGAGAAAGAAGAAGCCCCGAGUCGACCCAACAAAAGACGGAGGACCGAGAGAAAUAGUGGAGGCAGCGACUUGACAGUACGCACUACACGGAGUAAAAGCAAGAGGACGCAACAAGCAGACCAACAACCCGCCACUCUCGACGGAGCAGACGACGAUGGCAGUGAUGCUGAAUGGACUGAAAACGGCGGCACCCAACCAGAAAGAGCCCAAACACCAGACGACGGUCUAGUAGCCUGUCCAAUCUGUCAAACACGCAUGAAAGAAGAGACCGUCUUCAAUCACAUCGGCACAUCAGCUUGUACCUCUCCAUCCCAAAAGCAAAAACAACCCCCACGCAGUACUACCACAACGAAUCAAACGCCACAGCCGUCAGCAACCCCAAAACCGAUCCCAGAUCGCCUCGCCGAAUUGAACUACUCCCUUCUCAACGACAAAGCCCUCCGCAAGAAACUCGCCGAACUCGGUAUCCCCUCCACCGGUUCAAAAGCACUGUUAUCACGCCGUCACACAGAGUGGGUGAAUCUCUGGAACGCAAACGUCGACGCAGGUGCUCCACGCACGAAACGAGAACUCCUAGACGAACUCAGAAAGUGGGAUCGUUCUAUCGGUCGCGAGCCAGAUCAAUUCGGAACAAGCAAUCAAGUCAUGAAGAAAGAUUUCGACGCAAAAGCUUGGAGUAGUGGAAACAAGGAUGAUUUCACGAGGUUGAUUGAGCAAGCGAGACAAGGGAGGAACAAGCAAAAGGCUUCAACACAACCAGAAGAUGGUGAAGCAACCAAGGAAACAGAAGCCCAACCAGAGGAGAAGGAUCAAGCCGCCAUGCAAGUCGAUCAACCAGAACCAGCACACCUCGAACCAGAAACCGAUUUACCAACUGGCUACCACGAUGCCACCGUCCCGCAAGAAAACUUCCCUGAUAUAGAUCAUCCACCACCAUCAGGACAGCGAGUGGACCCUCCGCCAAAGCUGUCUAAAGAGACCUCGUUACCUGAGAAGUUUGGAGAACCUGGUCAAGCGAUCAAUAUGUUUGAGGUCUCUAGUCAUCCUGUUGCUGAUGUGGAGACGAUGCAUGAAGGUGGUGGGCAUUGAUCAAGAGACUGUUGAGAUUUAUUAUGUACACAAGAGAAACGCUUUACACGCGUCUCAGGGGCAGAUGGAGCUUGCUGUUGUGACGAACCCUUCGAUAGCGACAGGAAGAAUGGACAUGGUAUUGCUGUUUCUUGCUGAGAAAGUUUUCAAAGUGUGAUUAGCUGGAGACGACAUAUUUCUGAACGACAUACCACCUUACCGAUUCCGAGAUGCUGAAUUCAUAAGCUUCAAUCAUGUACGAUGAUACAGAUGCGAGCAGGUCUGUUCAAUCGAUCAAACAACUUCAUCGUCCGCUCAGACCACUACCUAUAUCUUUAUCCAACAUUCCCU